AUUAGCAGAGGGCUGGCACGCGGUCCAGCUGCGGCCAGAUGACUGAGCUCAGCUGCGUCUGCUACACCAGCACGCGUCGCGUCCAGAACUUAGUCCCGAGCGCGCCGGGGAGAGGGCUUGUGCGCAUCGUGGGGUUAAUGUGCUGUAAAAAAAAUAAAUAAAUCCAACAUGCCCGCAUAGCUUCAUCCAGAGGAGCGCCAGUAUCAGAAGGAUCCGAUUGUAUCAUUGCUGAUAAGUUCUCCUGGGUUUCGAUCAUCGGCGCCUCUCUCCGCAUGACCUGCAGCUUCCACUCCGAAGCCAAACAGGCGUUUUGAGUUCGGUGGCGCUGGUGAUGUAACGCUUCUCAUCUCAGUGCUCACUCCACAACUGUUAUCAGUGUUACCUCCUCUCCCGGAGCAUGGGACUCCUCAAACUCUAAAGUGACAGGCCCGAGAGACAAACAAGGAGAGAGAGAAGCGAGGGAGAAAGCAGACAGGAGAGGAAUGAUGGAGUCCAUAUUAUCGGAGCAGUCGGCCACAGUGGAUGAGCUGGUGGAAGCGUGCAUUCAAGCCUUCGAUGAGAAGGGCGCUCUGAAGGAUACUUCCUUGGUCCGCAUGUUUCUCAUGAUGCAACCUUGGUACAUCCCUUCCACCGACAUGGCUAAGAAGCUAGUGCUCAAAUCUCAGGAGGAGAGCUGCACCGCUGAGCGCCGAACGAGAAUAUGCCACCUUGUCAAGUACUGGAUCUCUGAGUUUCCAGCAGAGUUCAAUCUGAACCCGGAGCUGGCGGACGAGAUCAAAGACUUUAAAGACCUCUUGACCACCGAGGGCAACGAGAGGCAGAGUCAGCUCAUUGACCUCGACAGUGUGCCAUCAUAUAAAUGGAAGCGGCAGGUGACCCAGCGUGUCCCGUCUGUGUCCAAAAAGAGGAAAAUGUCCCUGCUGUUUGACCACCUUGAUUCCUGCGAACUGGCUGAACACCUGACCUACCUGGAGUACAAAUCCUUCUGCAAGAUCCUGUUUCAGGACUACCACAGCUUUGUGAUGCACGGCUGCACAGUGGAUAACCCCAUCCUGGAGCGUUUUAUCACCCUUUUCAACAGUGUCUCCCAGUGGAUCCAGCUCAUGGUACUCAGCAAGCCCACCGCCCCGCAGAGAGCUGCCGUCAUCUCCCACUUCAUUAGAGUGGCACAGAAGCUGCUGCAGUUGCAGAACUUCAACACGCUGAUGGCGGUGGUGGGCGGCCUCAGCAACAGCUCCAUCUCUCGUCUCAAAGACACGCAGACCCACAUCAGCGCGGAGACCAGCAAGGUUUUCAACAACCUCAUCGAACUGGUGACAUCAUGUGGGAACUACAGUCAAUACCGCAAGCGCUUCUCCGAGUGCUUGGGCUUUCGAUUCCCUAUCCUCGGUGUGCACCUGAAAGACCUGAUAGCCGUGCACGUGGCGCUGCCGGACUGGGCUGACAAAGAGAAAACGCGCGUCAACCUGACUAAGACCCAACAGCUUUAUGCCAUCCUUCAAGAGCUGGCGCUGAUCCAGACCACACCGCCCAACAUCGAUGCCAACACAGACCUGCUCAACCUGCUCACGGUGUCUCUGGACCAGUACCACACAGAGGAGGAGAUCUACCAGAUGUCUCUACAGAGAGAACCUCGCAAGCCAGCGAACUCCAGCCCCGCCCCCGCCCCUGACCCCAAGCCCACCAUGAUCGAUGAGUGGGCUGUGUCGGUGAAGCCCAACGCCGACCCGACCAUCAUCAAGAAACACAUCGAGAAAAUGGUGGAGUCGGUUUUCAAGAACUUCGACACCGACGGCGACGGCCACAUCUCCAGGGACGAGUUUGAAGCAAUCAGGAACAACUUCCCUUACCUCAGCAAGUUCGGAGAACUGGACAAGAACCAAGACGGGAAGAUCAGCAGAGAGGAGAUGAUAGACUACUUCAUGAAAGCCAGCUCUCUGCUUAACUGCAAGAUGGGAUUCAUCCACACUUUCACCGAGACCACUUACGUCAAGCCCACGUUCUGUGAGCACUGCGCCGGCUUUAUAUGGGGCUUCUACAAGCAAGGCUACAAGUGUAAAGCCUGCGGGGUGAACUGCCACAAGGCCUGCCGAAGCCGCCUGGCUGUCGAGUGCCGGAAGAGGACCAAGAGCAUCAGCCACGAGACACCGCCCACCCUCCAGGCCAGAUCCUACAGCUUCCCUCCGCCUGCAAACACCCCACCCAGCCUGCAGAGCACAGUAAUUGCUGAAGAGGAUAUAGAGACAGUGGAGGAAGGAGUGUUUGAUGUACACCUAUAACCAGAAUCCCUCCUACGGCUGGCCAGCAAGAAGCCAAAUCAGCAAACAGUCGGGAGCCAGACACAGAAUGUGCUACAGUAUGUCAGUUUUACAGCCCUCAACGCUGAGGAGAAAUUGCACUGAACACAAGCCAGGAUACCUACAUGCUGCCACACAGUGGACACAUACUGCAACAGCAACUCCACUCACAUGAAUGUGACGACCAAUGUGAAUGGGAUAUUCUGUAUUUGUAUGAUUUCUAUGUAAACUUCCUGCAUUUUGAUUCUAUGUCCGUCAAGAGUGUUAUUGUAAAAUUUGACUAUGUAUUCGGAAAAAAAAAAAUCCUCAAAAUUGUAUUUUCUCAGUGGAAUGUUAAAGUCAGUGAAUCGUGAAAUGAUUUGAUAGACAUA